AUGGAGUCUUCGCUGAAAAGGGUCUUUUCGGCGACGCCUGACCCGUCUGCGCGGCCGUCAAAGCUCAAGAAAAUCACAAGCAGCAUUCUAAACAUCUUCCAGCGGCCCAAGGACGCCAGCUUCGACACCUCCGGAUCACAGCCAUCGAGACCCAACACCAGCAUUGCCCCUAAUCUCAGUCUCAACCACGACUCGUUCCGCUCCCAGUCGUCGCCAAUCACCGCCCGCCAGCUGGAGCAGUACUACGAGUCCAUCAAACGUGAAAAUAACAUGCUGUCCUCGAGACUGCGCGAUGCAGACGAAAGCCUCAAGGCAGAGUCCACAAGUCUAGGUGACGAGACCGUGCUCAACGGCACCGCGCGCUCGCCAGUGCCUCCAGCGGCCGCCAAGCGCAAGGUGUCCGCGUCAGCCAGCCAUCCUCCGGCAAAGCAGCCCAAGAAGCCAACAACCUCCUUCUCAAUCGACCCUAUAGAACGCGCCCAGCUAAUAGUGCUCAAACGGAGAAUGCAGCAGGAUAAGUACCGCAAGUCCAGAAUGGCGUAUCUGCGUGACCAUACCAGAAACCUUGUGCACACGUCAUCCAACACGUCUGCCCGCUCCAGGUAUGUCGAUACCUCAGUCGAGACCAUUGAGCAUGCCCCGGAACUUGCAACCAAGACAACUUCGGUGCAGAAAAUUCCUAAAGAACGGCUCAACCAGCACGGCAUCUUCAAGGCUGUGCUCGACUACGACGACGACGAAGAUGAGCCAGAGGUCAAGAAGGUGGAGGUGAAGCCCUUGACCGAGAAAAUAAAGUUUGCGCCAAAGAAAGACGUCCAGUUUGCUCCUGAGAGGCUGGCGACCUCGUUCGACACAGCCACAAAGCCAAAGUUCGUGCCCGAGAAGAAGCCAGAGCAACCCCUGGAGUCUGCUCCAUUGAAACCAACCCCAGCAUUCACAUUCACGGACAAGAAACAGACAGAGUCGCCGACGUUCUCGCUUCAGCCUGCGGACUCAAAGCCGAAGUCUGCGGACUCAAAGCCAGACGUUCCUUCGUUCUCGCUUUCGAAUGGCUCGUCUGCUCCCUCAGUGUCGCUUCCAAGCACAGCAGGAAAAAACGAAGAAGAAGAGCCAAAAAGAAAGAAGUUUACGUUUGGGUCUAAGCCAGACGACUCUUCCAAGCCCGCUCCUGCGUUCUCCUUCAGCACAGACUCCCAAAAACCGCUGUUCUCGUUUUCCAAGCCUGAACAGCAACCUAUACAGAAACCUGAGGAAAAAGAUCAUGCAGAGUCGAAGCCAAGCUCGGCAUUUUCGUUUGGUGCUAAACCUGCGGACUCUGCUGAAAAACCUGCUCUGCCGUCUUUCUCCUUUGGAAGCCAGACCAAGCCGGCCGUGGAGGAGAAAAGAGAGGCCAAGAGCCAGGAGGAGGCCAAGUCUGCGCCUUCCGCGGCAUUCUCGUUCGGCACGAAAGCACAAACCCCAGCUUUCUCGUUCUCCAAGCCGGCGGAGGAGUCUGCCAAGCCUGCUGCUCCUACAUUUUCGUUCAGCUCUAAGUCGGAGCCGUCCAAACCAGAGUCGGCUAAAAUAGAGCCAGCUAAGCCAGAAGAACCGGCAAAAAAGCCAGAAACACCGGCUUUUUCGUUCGGUGCGAAGCCCGCUGAAACGACACAGAACAAGGAUGAGCCAACCAAGCCUGCCACGCCUUCCUUCUCCUUUGGCUCAAAACCAACAGAACAAGCAACCCAGUCCGCUGAAACUGCCAAGCCAGCAUUCAAUUUCUCCAGCAACUCGUUUGGCGCCCAACAGGCCGAAAAGGAGGAACAGAAACCCACAGAGUCCAAGCCCUUCAGUUUCGGUGCAACCAAACCAGCGUUCUCGUUUGGCUCCCAGCCGUCGCAGUCCGCCGCGGCUCCUGCCUCCUCGAGCUUUGGAGCCUCUACCGGCACGGCUGCCAAUCCGGCUUCUGGCUCAGUAUUUGGCUCUGGGGCGCCGGCCUCAACUCCUUCAUCAUCCACGUCUGGCUUCUCGUUCGGUGCCGCAUCAAAACCGGCUGCUCCCGCUGCUCAGCCGGCACCAGCGUUCUCUUUUGGCACGUCGCAGGGCUUCUCAUUCGGCAAGCCGGCCAACAGCACGAACGGCUCCCUCAAUUCUGCGGGAUCUGGCUCGUCUGCGUUUGGCCAGCCAACCGCGUCUGCGCCUGCACAGCCCGGAUUUGGCCUCUCGGGCUCGCUCACAAAUCCAAGCGCAGGACAGUCUGUGUUUGGUGGGUCGACGCCGCAGCCGCAGAGCAAGAUCUUCAACCUGGACGGAACGCAUUUUGGCCAAGCACAGCCCCAGAGCCAGACACCGUCCUCGUUUGGCGGGUUCAACCCGUCCAGGUCUGCCACGCCAAACUUCGACUUCACGGGGGCCUCCAGCUCGGCCAAUGUGGACCCUUCCUCGGUGUUUUCGGCUGCGCCAUCCACCACACCUCCUCCAAACACCCAGACUCGCCGCAAGAUCUAUCCGCGGAGCAUGCUGAGAGGAAGAAGAUAG